AAGAAAAAGAAAAAGAAAAAUCCAAAGGGCGAGAGAGAGAGAGAGAGACAGAGAAAGGUAUGAGCAGUUGAAUCGCUCUGUCCUCCUCUUUAUUUAUACCACUAUUCAAUUAGUAGAUCUGAUUGCUAAUUAGUUUCUGAUAAAUCCCUAAAAUCGAACGCUGAUUUUCAUUUCUAUUAACAGAAAUAAACAGAUAGAUAAACAGAUCGCUGGUCUGGAAGUAGGUGAGAAACUGAGAGAGUGUGAGAUUGAUAAAGAGGAUCGCUUUCUCUCGAGUACUCUCUCAAAUCACUGGCUUGCUCCAAUUAUCGGAGAAUUUUGUUUAAUUGAGAUUGAGUUCGAUGGGGAAAGGAGGCGAGGAUUAUGGUAAAAGGGAAAAAAUUGGUGUAGAAUCGCAAGAUAAAGAAUUGUUCCCUGCUUGGUCGAGAGAUGCUAGAGAAUGUGAAGAGCACUACCAAGUGAGACGUGAGUUUGGAUUAUCGGUUGCAGAAGUAGAGAAGAGGAGACAGAUCUAUGGAUAUAAUGAAUUGGAGAAGCAUGAGGGUGUAUCGAUUUUUAAGCUAAUAUUGGAGCAAUUUAGUGACACCUUAGUAAGGAUUUUAUUAGCUGCUGCUAUAAUAUCAUUUGUUUUGGCUUGGUAUGAUGGUGAUGAAGGAGGGGAGAUGGGGAUUACAGCGUUUGUGGAACCAUUGGUCAUUUUCUUGAUCUUGAUUGUGAAUGCUGUCGUGGGUAUUUGGCAAGAGAGCAAUGCUGAGAAAGCAUUAGAAGCCUUGAAGGAAAUCCAAUCGGAGCAAGCUAAAGUGAUAAGAGAUGGCAAGUUGUUGUCAAAUUUGCCUGCAAAAGAACUUGUUCCUGGAGAUAUCGUGGAGUUAACAGUGGGUGAUAAAGUGCCUGCUGAUAUGCGAGUUUUGAGCUUGAUUAGCUCCACAGUUAGGGUUGAGCAAGGUUCUUUGACAGGUGAGAGUGAAGCUGUUAGCAAGACUGCUAAGGCUGUUGCUGAAAAUACAGAUAUACAAGGAAAAAAAUGUAUGGUUUUUGCAGGAACUACAGUGGUGAAUGGACAUUGCAUAUGCUUGGUUACACAAACGGGAAUGAACACUGAGAUUGGAAAGGUGCACUCACAGAUUCAAGAAGCCUCGCAAAACGAGGAUGAUACCCCAUUGAAGAAGAAAUUAAAUGAGUUUGGAGAGCUUCUAACUUUGAUAAUUGGAGUUAUUUGUGCAUUGGUUUGGCUGAUUAAUGUGAAAUACUUCCUUACAUGGGAAUAUGUUGAUGGUUGGCCAAAGAAUUUCAAGUUCUCAUUUGAGAAGUGCACAUAUUACUUUGAGAUUGCUGUGGCAUUGGCUGUGGCUGCUAUACCAGAAGGGUUGCCUGCAGUCAUUACUACGUGUUUGGCACUUGGAACUCGAAAGAUGGCUCAAAAGAAUGCACUGGUUAGAAAGUUGCCCAGUGUCGAGACUCUAGGGUGUACAACAGUGAUCUGUUCUGAUAAAACAGGGACUCUAACUACCAAUCAGAUGGCUGUCUCGAAGCUAGUGGCUAUGGGUUCCAGGAUUGGUACUCUUCGAUCUUUCAAUGUGGAAGGGACUACCUACAACCCUUUUGAUGGGAAAAUAGAAGACUGGCCAGUGGGUCGAAUGGACUCCAACCUUCAGAUGAUUGCAAAGGUUGCUGCAGUUUGCAAUGAUGCAGGUGUUGAGCAAUCUGGUAAUCAUUAUAUUGCCAAUGGAAUUCCUACUGAAGCUGCAUUAAAGGUUCUUGUUGAAAAAAUGGGAUUUCCUGGUGGACUUGAUGAAUCAUCUUCAGGUCAUGGGGAUAUUAUGCGUUGCUGUCAAUUAUGGAAUAAAAUGGAACAGCGCAUUGCAACUCUUGAGUUUGAUCGAGAUCGGAAAUCCAUGGGGGUUAUUGUUAAUUCCAGUUCAGGCAAAAAAGCACUGCUAGUGAAGGGUGCAGUAGAAAACAUAUUGGAGAGAAGCUCACACGUUCAGUUGCUUGAUGGCUCAGUUGUGGAAUUGGAUCAAUAUUCAAGAGAGCUUAUUUUACAAAGCCUUCAUGACAUGUCAACGAGUGCAUUACGUUGUUUAGGCUUUGCUUACAAAGCAGACCUUCCAAGAUUUGAAACAUAUAAUGGUGAUGAGGACCACCCAGCUCAUGAGCUUUUACUUAAUCCAUCAAAUUAUGCUUCAAUUGAGAGUGAACUCAUUUUUGUUGGCUUAGUUGGGCUGAGGGAUCCUCCUCGAAAAGAGGUUCGACAAGCCAUUGAGGACUGCAAAGAAGCUGGAAUCCGUGUCAUUGUCAUCACAGGAGACAACAAGGGUACAGCAGAAGCUAUUUGCCGUGAAAUAGGUGUAUUCGGACCUUAUGAUGAUAUCAGUUCAAGAAGCAUGACCGGAAAAGAAUUCAUGGAGCAUCCUGAUCAAAAAAGUCAUUUAAAACAAGAUGCAGGGCUUUUGUUCUCUAGGGCUGAACCAAGGCAUAAACAAGAGAUAGUGAGGCUGCUUAAAGAGGAGGGUGAAGUUGUGGCUAUGACAGGAGAUGGAGUGAAUGAUGCUCCUGCCUUGAAAUUGGCUGAUAUUGGAAUAGCUAUGGGCAUUGCUGGGACAGAGGUUGCAAAAGAAGCAUCUGACAUGGUGCUAGCCGAUGAUAAUUUUAGCACUAUAGUUGCUGCUGUUGGUGAAGGCAGGUCCAUCUACAACAACAUGAAGGCAUUUAUCAGGUACAUGAUCUCCUCAAACAUUGGCGAGGUUGCCUCUAUAUUUUUGACAGCUGCUUUGGGUAUUCCAGAAGGGAUGAUUCCUGUUCAGCUUCUCUGGGUUAAUCUUGUAACUGAUGGACCACCAGCAACAGCUUUAGGAUUCAAUCCUCCAGACAAAGAUGUAAUGAAGAAACGUCCCAGAAAGAGUGACGACUCAUUGAUAACUCCUUGGAUUUUAUUCCGCUACCUGGUAAUUGGAUCCUAUGUUGGGCUAGCAACAGUUGGUGUAUUUAUCAUAUGGUACACACACCACUCCUUCAUGUUCAUUGACCUCAGCCAGGAUGGUCAUACACUGGUCACUUACUCUCAACUCGCCAACUGGGAUCAAUGCGGUACCUGGGAACGUUUUUCAGUGUCACCCUUUACUGCUGGGGCUCAAACAUUCAAUUUUGAUGAUAAUCCUUGUGAUUACUUCCGCAGUGGAAAAAUUAAGGCUUCAACUCUUUCACUCUCUGUGUUGGUUGCUAUUGAGAUGUUCAAUUCCCUGAAUGCUCUCUCUGAGGAUGGUAGCCUCCUUAGCAUGCCACCAUGGGUCAAUCCAUGGCUUCUACUGGCAAUGUUCAUUUCAUUCGGAUUGCACUUUUUGAUCCUUUAUGUACCAUUCCUCGCUCAAGUAUUCGGAAUUGUUCCUCUCAGCCUGAAUGAGUGGCUUCUGGUGCUGGCUGUUGCUUUCCCUGUUAUUCUAAUCGAUGAGGUUCUCAAAUUAAUUGGUAGAUGUACUAGUGGAGUCCGGAGUUCUGGAUCAAGGAGACAUUCGAAGCGCAAGGAAGAAUAAGCCCCAUACUAAGAAGGCACGGGAUGAUAAAAAGUAUCUGACGGUUGUUUGGUUGGACUUUUUUAAUUUUAGUCCUGCCCUCUAAUCUGGCCAAGCCUCCUAAUUUUCGAAAAUGAGGAGUUGUUUUGGACAUUGAAGAUUUUGCAUUAGAUUUAUUAGACAAACUGUAUUUACACUGAAACACAGAAAUUUAUUGUUUCAAAUAGUUUGUCCAACUUUCUCAUUUUCCGUAUUUCAAUUCCAUUCAUUGUUGUCAAUUAGUAUCUUAUAUAGGGUGAAGAAUUGGAAAACAGAAGAGGAAAUUUCUGCAUUCUUUCA